UGGGAGUAGCAAGGCCCGGAGUCUAUUGUGAAGAGUGAUAUUUAGAACUCAGGAGACCCCCACAUGUGCAUUGCUCAGAGACCAUGAGAAGAACUCAGCAGGCCAGAGCAGGGAGAACUUGGAGAGGGCUGUACUCCACAGAGCCCCACAAUUGGCUUGGUUAUAAAAGAAGAUUAGAGGGGAAGUAUUCUUUUUCUUUGCGCUGUUCAUAUUCAAGUUACAGGAUCCGAGAACUUGCAAAACCAAAGCCCAAAGUAGCUUGGGAGAACUACUGUAGUAGACUAGACUGGGGAAACCAGGAGACAAUCUGGCCCCUUUCCUUGAGUGCUUUGGCUACUCAUCCAUCUCCAAGACUUAUAGCUCUGGCCAAACCCAAGAAGAAUUUUGAUGGAAAGCUCCAGCACAGGCCCCUUUUCCUGUACAGCUGUGGUCGGGAAUCAGAGAUAUGGGAGCGCCCACCCCUAAUGAAUCUUGGGUUUCCGUCUGAUCGGAUACUGAAAUUAGCAGAACCUAAAAAAUAUCAGCUGGCUUACCUGCAGAAAAGGGCUUGCAAUUCCCCAGAGUGGCUUGUGACGCCAGCUGCACUCACCUGUGAGGCUUCCCAGAGGGUGCUAGAACUUGCACACCCAAAAUCCAUGCAUCCAGACUUCAUUCAAGCCAGAGAGGCUGAAACACAUGUUACAGACACUGCGAAGACAGCUAGAGUGUCUCAAAGAAUAAAGCACCUUGCACAGCCUCGGGUUCGGAAGGACUCAUGGUGCUAUGAUCGGGGCCAUCCUGAAGCUGUCAUCUGGCCGGUGUCCAAGUCUGCUCAGCAAGCCACGGCCAGCUCUAGAACAUCAGAGCUGGCUAAAGCGAAACAGGUGUCUCCCAAGUAUCUGCCAGUCCGGGAUGCUGAAUGGCCAGUGUCAAAAGCAGCUAAGCACACUUCUGCGACUCCUAGGACUGUGGAGCUGUCGAAGCCUUCCAAGAGGCCCCCUAUGAAUGUUGCUCAGUUCAAUCCAGAUGCGUUUACAGUAAAGGAGUCUGCCAAGAAGGCAUUUUGUUCCAGUCGAAUUCUAGAGCUCGCCCACCCCAUUGAGCGCUGAACCUUUGGACUCCACAUGGCACUACCCUUCCUUAACCCCUAAGAGACUUGUGGCUUUCCCACAAGUUGGUCCCUUCCCUGGUGUGUUUGAUUAUAGGCUGUAGGUAGAGUGUAGACUUGGCAGGAGGGUAUGUGAACAAAAACGAGGGAAAACUCCUCUUGCAGCUCAACUGCUGCUUUUAAAUCCUUCCCAAAUCCCCAAUAAAACUGUGCGCAAAAUAAGA